AUGACAGCAACCGAUUUCGAUAUUCAAUUGAGAUAUUUAUUUCCGUUAGUAAUGAAUCAAAAAAUUAGAAUAUUAUUUGCCUAUUCUGGAGAUGAUAAUAUGAUAGAGCCUGAAAGAAGUGAAGAAUUGUUGGAUAAUAUUGGAUUGAAAGAAGAAUGUCGAUUGAUUUCCAAAUCAAGUAAAGAUGAACAAACGACUAUUGAAAAUACUCGCAAAUUACUGAAUAAAGGACAUAAACAAGUGGCUGUUUAUUUUGCUGAUGAGGGUCAUUUUCUCCAAAAAUUUCGUUGUAAAUUUCUGGCCGAAUCAAUUAUUGCAAUCUUUGAUGAGGCCGAUAAUAAAUCAAAAUUAUAGGAAGUUUAACAAAUUUAUUUUAGUAUUUUGUGACAUUUGCGGAGAAAAAUUUUUUGUGGAUUAUAGUCU